UUACUGUCUUGUUAUCCAUUUAAUCAUCUCCAUGAUGUGUUCUUCUUAUCAUCCGGUUCUGAAUUCCCAGCUCCGUUUAUAUUCUUGCCCUGUAACCCAGUGUUGGUAGGAGCUCCGUUAGAUUAUCCAGUGAACCGAUCUAGACUUGGGAAUCCGGUGCUGCAUGGUCUUAAUUUCUGCCCAGAUUUGUAUGCGUAGCCAAGAUCUGGUGGGUUCAGACAGUGGAUUCUGAAGCACUUGGAACUGUAGAUGCUUUGCCCUUUGAUGUGUUCAUGCUAAGAGGGGAUCCAACAGAUUUAGGCCGUCGUGGUUCCUGACUCCUGAGCAGCAGCUAUUGUUGAGUUUUCGUGAUGCCUUCGGAUGAGGAAUUUGAGGAGUAUGCUGAAAAGGCGAAGACCUUGCCCGAUAGCACGAGCAAUGAGAACAAGCUGAUCCUCUACGGACUUUACAAGCAGGCCACUGUUGGAAACGUGAAUACCCCUCGUCCUGGCAUAUUACACCAGAGGGACAGGGCCAAGUGGGAUGCAUGGAAGGCUGUUGAAGGAAAAUCCAAGGAAGAGGCAAUGAGUGACUACAUCACCAAGGUGAAGCAGCUCCAGGAGGAGGCUGCCAACUGCUGAACCAAACAGCUGCUGUCAGAUGAGCUCCUAUGCCAUCUGAUGAUGAUGAAAGCUUGAUCAUUUGAUCCACUGGGGAUGUGAAAUAUGUACCUGUUUAUGUAUUGUUUACCUAAGUUUCCCAUCCAUCCAUCUAUCUAUCUGUGAAGACUUUAAUCUUCUAUUUAUGAUAUCUGUGCCUGUGUGAUACUGA